GUGACCUGCCUGACCACCUCUGCGAAUCCCGUCCUGCUGGCCGCGCGCAACCCGCAGCCCGUCGCCCUGCUCAGUGCCCACCAGCAUGUCUUUCGUCCCAGCGGCCGAGGAUUCCGACUUCCCCAUCCACAACCUGCCCUACGGCGUCUUCUCCACCAAAGGCAACCCAAGACCAAGGAUCGGCGUGGCGAUUGGUGACCAGAUCCUAGACCUCAGUGUCAUUAAACACCUCUUCACUGGGCCUGUCCUCUCCCAACACCAGGAUGUCUUUGAUCAGCCAACUCUCAACAGCUUCAUGGGCCUGGGUCAGGCUGCCUGGAAGGAGGCAAGAGGAUUGUUGCAGAACCUGCUGUCCGCCAGCCAAGCCAGGCUCAGAGAUGACACGGAGCUUCGGAAGCGUGCAUUCACCCCCCAGGCUUCCGCCACGAUGCAUCUUCCGGCCACCAUAGGCGACUACACGGACUUCUAUUCCUCUCGGCACCACGCCACCAAUGUCGGAGUCAUGUUCAGGGGCACAGAGAACGCAUUGAUGCCCAAUUGGCUGCACUUACCAGUGGGCUACCACGGCCGUGCUUCCUCCAUCGUGGUGUCUGGCACCCCAAUCCGCAGGCCCAUGGGACAGAUGAGACCCGAUGACUCUAAGCCUCCUGUGUAUGGUGCCUGCAAACUCUUGGACUUCGAGUUGGAAAUGGCUUUCUUUGUAGGCCCUGGGAACAAAUUUGGAGAGCCGAUCCCCAUUUCUAAGGCCCAUGAGCACAUUUUUGGAAUGGUCCUUAUGAACGACUGGAGUGCUCGAGACAUUCAGAAGUGGGAGUACGUCCCUCUUGGGCCGUUCCUCGGGAAGAGUUUUGGAACCACCAUCUCUCCGUGGGUGGUGCCCAUGGAUGCCCUCAUGCCCUUUGCUGUGCCCAACCCGGAGCAGGACCCCAAGCCCCUGCCGUAUCUCCGCCACGACCAGCCCUACACGUUCGACAUCAACCUCUCUGUCACCCUGAAAGGAGAAGGAAUGAACCAAGCAGCUACCAUAUGCAGGUCCAAUUUUAAGUAUAUGUACUGGACGAUGCUGCAGCAGCUCACUCACCACUCUGUCAACGGCUGCAACCUGCGGCCAGGGGACCUCUUGGCUUCUGGAACCAUCAGCGGGCCGGAGCCAGAGAGCUUUGGCUGCAUGCUGGAGCUGUCGUGGAGGGGAACGAGGGCCAUAGAGCUGGGGAAUGGACAGACCAGGAAGUUUCUGCUGGACGGGGAUGAAGUCAUCAUCACAGGCAGGCAGCCUGGUUGCUGGUGACCACAGGGGAAGAGGAUGCCUGGUGACACAUCUUGGGUCUCAUGGACCCCACACCAGGGCCUGGGAGGAUGACUGAGCCUGCGGAGCCUGCCCAUUAGAUCACGCUACUCAUUCAUUCAUUUAUUCACCAAAUCGUUAUUGAGUGCCUUCUCUGUGCCAGGCACUGUACUAGGCACAAGAGGUGCAGCAGUCACAGAAAAGCUGUGACUUAUGAUGCCCUUGUGCCCUGUGAUGAUUACUUCCUAGUGGAGGGAGAUAGGCAGGAAACAAAUGGACAAGGAAAAGAUAUACACUAUUGAAAUGGAGCAGGACCCUAUGGUCUAUGCCCCCCAUGUCCUCCG